GUUGGAUCCCGGGGAUUGUGCUGUCUGCUUCGUUUCCGCGCGUCGCUGCUGCUGUCCUUGAUCCUGAAGCCCGGCUUUCUGACGUUGCAAAUACCCAGGGUGAGUUGUCCUUGCAGGGUACUCUGGAAACAAGAGGCUAACUCCAAGUUCUCAGUGAAAUCUCUGUAUACGGAGCUGGUCGGCAGUCACUCGAGAGAGAUUGAAGAGUUCCCUGCGAAGAUUGUGUGGAUUCCGUGGAUUCCGAGUAAAAUCUGCUUCUUCACUUGGCUCGUUUACCACAAUAGAGUGCUAUCACUCGACAACCUUAAGAGAAGAGGCCUGUACUUGGCUAACAGAUGUGUUUUGUGUAAGAAAGAUGAGGAGAGUGUUCAGCACUUGCUUGUGGAUUGUGAUUUUGUUAGGAGAAUCUGGAUUUUGAUGUAUGGCAGGAGAAGCAGAACACCGAGCUUGAAUGGGGCGAUCGCCCAUGUUUUAGCAAAUUGGGUUUCAGCAGAUGGAGACGGAAUUGAGAAGUGGUUCGAUGUUUGUAUUCUACACUCCGUCUGGUGGGCUGUGUGGCUCGAGAGGAAUCAGCGGACAUUCGAAGACAAAGAUACCUGCUUGUUGGUGGUGGGAAAAAGGGCAGCGAGGAAGGCAAUCGAAUGGAUCGUGGUACAGGGAAAGACGCAGAAAGCAGAGGGGAGGAGAUGGCUGGUUGAAAAAGGUUUAGUCUAAUUACUGAGCUGGAAGGUUUCAGUUGCUGUUGAUUUCCCGUGUUUACAGCUUGCUGCUUCUGGGUUUGGCAUGGUUCGAUGCGGGCGUGAGAUGGAAUUUGUUUGCUGCGUGAGGUCUUGGAUGGCGGCCUUGUGGAUCGUGGUGGGCGUGAUGUUUUGUCGUCCUCAGGCAGCUUGGUUUGUAGGUGGUCUCCUGUGUUUGGGGGAUAUGUGGAGUUGGUGCUGUGGCUUGUGUGCGGUUGUCCGCCCCUGCUGGGGCUUUUGUGUAAGUCUGGGAGACGCUGUUUUGUUCCGGCCUGGAUGCCUCCCAUUUCUGGCCUUGACGUUUUUUCUUCUUCCUUUCUUUUUGUGUUUUUAGUUUUAGCCUUUCCCCCUGGAUCAUUUCUCUUGAUCCGGUUUUUCUUUGUGUACAGUUGUUUAUCUUUGGUUAAUAAAAUUUCACCAUUAUCAAAAAAAAAAA